UCGACGCGGGGGAACGAUGAGCCGUUGUCGAGGUAAUCGACUCGUCGCGGAAGCACCGGGCCUUGAUCGGCGGGAAGUGCCAUUGGAUCGUGUUUUCUCCCGGUUGGAGUUGGCCACCCGGAUCCACUUGGCGACGCGAUGAUUGUUCCCUCCCCCCCUUGAACAAGAGGUGAGAGACUUACUUCCCUUGUCGCUUCGAUAGCUUUGGGGUUCUUCGAGCCCGUGCUUGGCGUGGCUUGUCGCUUCGGGUUUUAAAUGCUGAGCAUGGAAAUGGAGGGCAUGAUGAUGAUGAUGUCGAACGCGUCGUGCGACGGCUGCGGCGCCGACAGCGACCGCGACUCCGACGGCAGUAGCAUGAUCGUCGACCCGGUCAGCCUCGACAAGAACGACGAGGACCUGUCGCCCCGGGCACCGUCCAGUCCGACGCUGCUCGCCAACUACCACAACAACAACCACCUGUACCACGCCACUGGUGUCGGUGGUGGUGCUGGUGGCAAGAGCUCGUCGCGCAAUCGCAACCGCAAGAGGAUGACCUACUCGAUGAUGUCGGCGAGUCAGCAUAGCAACGGGAGUGGGAGUUAUUCGUCGGACAAGCUGUCCUCGUCGCUGAUAAAGCCGCCGUACUCGUACAUAGCUCUGAUAACGAUGGCGAUACUCCAGUCGCCCCAGAAGAAGUUGACCCUGAGCGGCAUCUGCGAGUUCAUAAUGUCGAGGUUUCCCUAUUACCACGACAAGUUUCCCGCGUGGCAGAACUCGAUAAGGCACAACUUGUCGCUGAACGACUGUUUCAUCAAGAUACCGCGGGAGCCGGGCAACCCGGGCAAGGGCAACUACUGGACCCUGGAUCCCCUGGCCGAGGACAUGUUCGACAACGGGAGCUUCCUGCGUCGGCGCAAGCGCUACAAGAGGCCGCCCCCGCACUACGUUCUCCGUGACCGGGCGAUCAUGGCGACCUUCGCCAUCUGCGGUGGUGGGGCAGUGGGAGAUAGGGGGCCCUGCCAUCCCCACCACCACCACCACCACCACCAUCCCCACGGGGUGAUGCCGUACCCCGCCGGGGCGUACUUGGCGGCUGCGGCGGCGGCGGCUGCCGGGGGUCCCCAGGGGGCGACCGGGGCCUUGCCCCUACUGGACUUUCCGUCCUCGGCGCUGGAGGCGCUCAAGCUGCGGGGUUUCCUCGAGGCCAGCCAACAGCAGCAGUCGGUGCAGGCUCCUUUGUACAAGCCGGUGCCGAUAAGCGCGCCCCCCGCCACCCCGAGGCAGCCGCUCGGUGGUAAGGGCGCCCCGGCCACGGUAGCGUUGGGUGCGAACGGUUUGCCGGGACAAUCGGGGAGCUCCGGGGAGAAGAGGCGCAGCUUCAGCAUCGACGCGCUGAUCGGCAAGCAGGCGAGCUCGUGCAGUACCUACGCGGCGGAGCAGGCCAUGGGGGGCCUGUUGGACCUCAGUCCGUCGGAGCACCGGGAGAUCAGGAGCCAGGCCUCGGCCUUUUCCCCGCUCGUCUAAGGAGUGCAUCCAUACAUGCAUAUACGCCGAGCAGACCAAAGAUUCUCAUUGUCAUUAUUAUUAUUAUUAUUAUUAUUAUCAUCAUCAUUACUAUUACUACAUGUAUAUGCGUUUUUGUGUGGGUGAGAUAGUCGACGGCCUCGAUUGAAAGUGCAAUAAUUAUAUGUAUACCGAGUAAUCAAAGAUAAUUUCCCUCCUCCCCCCCCCCCCCCAAUAACCCCCGCGAGAUGUGGGACCAUAAUUCAACUUUUUGUGCGUUUUGUCGAUUAUUGGUGCGAGAACGUUUGCACAUCUAUACAAGUUAUCCCGAUGGAAUUUCCCGGACGAUUCGCCGGGGGUUUCCCAAAUUGUUGGACGCCGUGAUAUUGCGAUGUAUAGUUGUGUCGGGUCGUGCGUUGUAGUUUAUUUUUUUUUUUUUAGUGUACAUGAAUCGGAUCUUGCUGAUUGAUGAAUGCGUCUUUGGUAUUUGUUGUAGAUUUUAUGUUGCAACUGUCGAGCCUCUGCAUCUCGGAAAAUUAACUUUUGCGUCCAAGUUCGCGAUGUUUUAUUGUGUAUUUUAAUCUCUUUGGAUAUACAAUUUUCAAGUACUACCCCGUCUUUUCUAAAGUGAUGUAAAAAUUGUAUAAAUUUAUUAUGUCUGUACUAAAACUAUUUCUGGAAUUAAAAUCACCCAGAGUAGCCAUUGAUCGCGUUUUAUUGAACUCUCGAGUACCAAAGUCAAUCAAACGAAAACAAAUUUCUUUUUCGUUUUUUUUUUUUUUGCGAUGCAGAGCUCUGACGGAUUAGUACAUAUAUAUACAUGUAGAAGCAUUGUAAAUACACAAUAGCUCUAUUGUUCCAAUGUGUGCUGAGCACUCGACGAUUCCAGUAGCAAUUUUUUUUUUUUUUUUCUCCAACACAUUGCGCGUGUUGUACUUACAUUGUAUUCGAUGGUAACAUCGAAGCGAGAACGCGUGUACUGUAGUGUACAUAAUACAUAUGCAAGUCAAAGUGUAGAAUUAGGUUUCACGAGGUAACGCAUAGGGGAAAGAAAAAGAUAAUAUAAUAUAGUAUUAUUAGACAAAUGUUUAAAUUGUUUUUUGGGUUUAUUAAUUCGCACCGUGUGUGGUGUCACGUUGAUCUCAGGAUGCGCGUUUGCGUCGAUUUGUGGAAUGAUCGAGUUUGUACAUUAUGAUACGCUAAAAAUGAAAACACAAAGCAUAGUUUAAAUAUUGGUUGAAACGAUUACUUUUCCGCUUGAUUUUCACACGUGGUGUGACGCGUAUGAUUUACAAUCGGUAUCGUUAUCGUUGUCAAACAAUAGCGCAAAUUGCAAGUUUUCCUCGACGUCGUGUUGAAAAAAUUAUUGGUAAAUAGUGAAAACACGUUUCGCGUUGACAAAAAAAAAAAAAA